AUGGCGACGGCGCCAGUGAAGCCACCGCUGCACAACUUCCCUCUCGCAUUCUUAAAAUGGGGGGCGAAGAACAACUCGACCACCAACAACAACCACCGCUACCGCCGACCCGUCUCCGCCGAACCCGCCUCCGAGCCCGACUCCGAAUCCGAACGCACCCACUACAACAACAGCCGGGUCGGAUCCUCCCGCGCCUCCCGCCACCGCUACUCCUUGAUCCCGUGCGCUGGCGACAAGCGUCGCAGGAGCGAGGAGAGAGAGAGCGAUCAGGAGGAGGGCGAGGAAGCUGACAAAGCCGAGGUAGUUCAGAAGCCCUGGAAUCUGAGGCCCAGGAGAGCUCCGGCGACGACGUCGUUUUCCAAGGGAGGUGCCAACGGUGAACCGCACGAACUGGAGAGUCCGAACCCGAACCAGAGCGAGCUGCAGCAGCCGAAGUCGAUGAGGUUGAGGGGUUUGGCGGCGGAGGGGCAGAAUGUGGAGAAGAAGGAGAAGAGGAAGUUCUGGAUCGCUUUGUCGAAGGAGGAGAUUGAAGAGGACAUAUUUGUGAUGACUGGGUCGAGGCCCGCCAGAAGGCCCAAGAAGCGGCCGAAGAAUGUUCAGAAACAGCUCGAUGUACGUCCACCUUGCUCCUUCCCUUUCUUUGUUUCUUCGUUUGCUGCUUCUGCUGUGCUUACUACUUUUCCUGGGUUGUGGUUGGUGGGUGUUACUGCGGAUGCUUACAAGGUUGCUGAUUCUCCUUCUAAGAUUUCUCUUGCUAAUUGUAAUUGGGUCUUUGUUGCAGAGGUAGAUUUGUAUUGUGCCCAGAAGAUUGUGACUUUGUUGAAAGUUCGUAAAUGGAAAAGGCAGCUGCCCCUGCGGCUUGGAACUCUCAAUUCGGAGGAUGCAGGGUCGAUCUAG